AUGCUCAAGUCUACUAACCCUACAAGUCUUUUGCUGCGUAUUCCUAAGCUCGCCUCGUCCGUGUUUGCCGGUCCGCCCUCGGAAAAGACUGGAACAGCAAGUCCCUCAAAGGAGUCGAGCAGCCGAAUGUCCACCGAAUCGAUCUCUGCCUCUACGGAUACUUCUUCCUCGAUCCCGCCACCUACAACACAACCUCUCCUUUUUCCUACGCACCGCAAAAAGAACCCGUCGCAUCAAUAUCACCGUCAGCACCACGCUGAAGGUGCACCGAGAAAACACACGCCCAGAAUGAUGGCAUUUCCCCUAGGUUACAAGGAGGCGGCGCACCAAUGGUGGACUAGCCUAUCAUCGCGACAAGCCGAACAGAAUGUACUCUCAUUUAUUCCUCACGUUCGCGAAGCCACCGGCCCAAGUGUCGGCACGCGCCUCCUAGAUCUCGCCAACACCGAUCCUUUCGGCCAGCGAGUCUGGCGAUCAUCAAUGGUGCAGCUGUCGGGGAAGAACCGUGCCCUGAAUGAGUUCUCAGUCGAAAGAGAGGGCGAAGAUGUGGACAACACCCUCGUCAUGCUGCACGGAUACGGCGCCGGGCUGGGUUUUUUCUACAAGAACUUUGAACCCCUCACCAGAUUACCUGGUUGGAAAUUAUACGCGCUGGAUAUGCUAGGGAUGGGCAACUCCUCCCGCCCGCCGUUCAAGGUCCACGCCAAAACACAAAAAGAGAAAAUCGCCGAGGCCGAGAGUUGGUUUAUUGACGCGCUCGAAGAAUGGCGCAAGAUUCGCAAGCUCGAAAAGUUCACAUUGAUGGGCCAUUCAAUGGGCGGCUACCUCGCCGUUUCUUACGCCCUCAAGUACCCCGGCCACCUCAACAAACUGAUUUUGGUGUCUCCGGUGGGGAUCCCGGAGGAUCCCUGGGCAGUCAACGCCGACAUGCCCGAGCCCGAAACCUCCACCAUGGCAGCCGAGUUCACCCAGGACCAGGAAAGCAUCGUCCACCAAACCCCCGCUGGCCAAAACGCCGAGUAUGUCAACGCGAAAGCCAGCGACAAGAAAUCCGUCGCCUCCCAGCCCAACACCUCCACCACGCCCCCCAAGCGACCCCUUCCAGGGUGGCUGGUCUGGCUCUGGGACGCAAACGUCUCCCCGUUUAGCAUCGUCCGCUUUGCCGGGCCGUUGGGUCCCCGGUUCGUCUCGGGGUGGACAGCCCGCCGGUUCAACCACCUGCCCUCACCUGAAAAGCAAGCACUGCACGAUUACUCUUAUGCUCUGUUCCGCCAGCGUGGGUCCGGCGAGUAUGCCCUGCCGUAUCUCCUCGCUCCGGGGGCGUAUGCCAGAUCACCAGUCAUCAACCGCAUUCAGGACGUCGGCCGGCAGGUCAUCUCCCCCAAGACUGAAACCACCCCAGAAGUAAAAGAGCACGGUUUCCCGAUUGUGUUCAUGUACGGAGAAAACGACUGGAUGGAUGUUGCUGGGGGGUAUGCCGCCGAAGAAAAGAUCAAAAAGAGAAUAGAGAAAGAAUUGCUAGAGGAAGGGGGAGCGGAGAAGGAGAAUGGGAGUGUAAAGGUUGUUGUGGUGAGGAAGGCGGGGCAUCAUCUCUAUGUGGAUAACCCCGAGGAGUUUAAUGAGGUUGUGAGGAGGGAGUUGAAGGAGACGAUGAUGGUGAAUCAGAGGAGGAGGAAUUAG